CCUCAACAACAACAUUUUCCAGCACAUUAACGAAACCAAAAACAAACCACAAUCAUGUCCUUCUUCAAAAAGCUCACCGACGAAUUCAAAGAACUCAAAGCCAAAUUCGACGACGACGAACCCAAAAAAGACGAAAAGAAGAAAGAAGACAAGCCGAAAGACGACAGUCACGACAUCAAAGCCGUCGACUCCCACAACACCCCCUCCCAACCCCCCUACGACCCUCACCAGCAGCACCAGCAGCAAUACGCCCCACCCCCUGCCGGCUCGCAUUCCCAACCUCCCCUCCCUCCAGGCUGGAGCGUUCAAUUCGACCAGUCCAGUCAGCGAUGGUAUUACAUCGAGCAAGCCACCGGCCGCACGCAGUGGGAGGUGCCGGUGAGCCAUAAUGCUGGUUAUGGGGCUCCUCCGCCUCCCCCCAGUGGCUAUGCGGGACAGUCUGGAGCGGGGUAUGAUGCUUCUCGUGGGCAUGAGGGCUCACACGGCGCACCUGGCGGAUCUGGCGCGGCGGGUGGGUUUUACAAUCAAUACGGGUCCGCGAUGCCUCCGGGUGCGAUGGCUGCUGGGCAUGCGGGAGGACAUGAUGCCAAUGCGGCGCAGUAUUACGGGGAUGUGAAGGCUGUGGAGAAGGAUGGAGAGAAGAAGGAGAAGAAAAAAGACAACGGCACGAGGAAUAUGAUGCUCGCCGGCGCGGGAGGUUUGGCUGUGGGUGGCGUGGCGGGCGCGAUGAUUGCCGGUGACUCCGACUCCGACGACGGGCACCACUCUUCCGCCCAACCCUCAUACGCCUCUCAACCCGCCUACGCCGCUCAACCCUCAUACGCCCCUCAACCCUCUUACGCCCCUCAGCCCGCCUACGCGUGCGGCGGCCGACUCGGAUGCGAGCAGUAG